AUGGCAGCACAAACGGUUGACACCACUUGGAUGUGGCACCCGUUGUUCACGGAAGAGCGUUCAGACACAGCUGGUCUGUUUGUUCAUUUCCGGCGGACCUUGGUCAUCCACAAAGACAUCCCCGCGUCUUUACGCGUCUAUCUCACCGCAGACACCAGAUACAAAUUGUAUGUCAACCAGCAGCUCGUCCGGUUUGGCCCUGUCAAGGGAGACCGCUCGCUCUGGUUUACUGACGAGGUUGAUCUGGCGCCAUACCUUGUCCGUGGGAACAAUCACCUUCGCGUCCACGUCCUUCGGUUCUUCUAUGCGACAGCAUACGCCAGUAGUUUCCCGCGACUACCGUCAGGCGGCGUGAGGAUCGUUCCAGUUGAUCCCGAUGAUCUUUGGGCAAAAAGAGUGCAGAGCAGUCAACUGUGGGAGACCGCAAUCGAUCCCACGACUGUGCUUCGCAUCGAUGAACCCGAGGACCAUUUCUUGAACAUCUACGAAAAGUCCAUCCCUGUACCCUCGGACCAGUGGACAUGGGAACCAGCGAGGCUACUCGAGUUCCAGAGCAGUACCGGGCUGUCACCGCCGUGGAAACUCGUUGAUCGCAUGAUUCCAGAUAUGCAAAGAACCCCCGUCACGUUGAAGGCUUUGCAUAAUAUCGAGAGCUGUGUUGCACGCGAGGCGUGGAAGGCACAACUGAUUUCACCAGAGGCCUCCAAAUCCACGCUCCAUCUACCAGCGCACUCGACACAUUCAGUUGAUCUGGAAUGUCCGAGCCAUGUCACGGCAUUCCUUUCGCUGCACUUCGCACGGCCAUCCACGUCUGGCAGCCGCGUUACCCUGAACUAUGCGGAAAGCUACGAGGAUCAGCCUACCUUGGUCCCAUAUCUGCGCCGCAAAGCAGGCCGACUAGACACAACAAAGUCCAUACAUGGACCGCGGGAUAUUUUCGAACUGCAAGGGUCAGAAUGCGUGCAGCACCUUGGAUACGACAAGAAUGAAGAAACAGAUGAGAUCAUCGAACCAUUUCACUUCCGCACGUUUCGCAUCAUCCGGCUACAGAUCCAGGUGGGGUCGGCGGACCUAUUCUUCAAGGGACUCGAGAUUGAAGCUGUUAGUUAUCCUCUGGAUAUCCUGGCCAGUAUCAGUGUUAGUCCGCAAGGCCAGGAAGCGGAGGGGUUGUGGAACACGAGCGUCCGCACACUUGUCAACUGCAUGCACGACUGCUAUGAAGACUGCCCAUUCUACGAGCAGCUGCAAUACGCCAUGGACACGCGAAGCUCAAUCCUCUUCACCUACUACGUCUCCGGCGACGACCGACUGGCUCGGCAGGCCAUAGUGCAGCUAGGAAAUUCGUUCCAACCAUGCCUUGGUCUGACCAGCAGCCGUGCACCCACCCACCAGCCCCAGGUUAUCCCGCACUUUUCACUCUUCUGGAUCGGCAUGCUCUACGACCACAUGCAGUUCUUCGCCGACAGGGCAUUUCUCCGGCGCUGUGUUCCAAUCGCAGAUGCAAUCCUGGCCUAUUUUGCCGACAAGAUUGAUCCCGAUCUGGGCCUUGUCGUCACAAGGGAUGAACCAGGCGUCUGGCAUUUCCACGACUGGGCGGAUGAGUGGCGGCCAUAUGGAAUACCACCCGCCGUUACGCGGACUGGCGUUUCUACGUAUACCAACUGUCUGUAUGCGUAUACUCUGCAGCUGGCAUCGCACUUGCAGCGAUACUGUCUGGGACGGGAUGCGGUGGCAGACGAGUACAUUCAGCGGUCUCGCAAGGUUGCGACUGGAAUUCGACGUCAUUGCUUUGACGGUGAAUACUUUACCGAUAGUCUGUCGGCGGGCUCGGACUCGACCCUGGACCGCAGCCAGCACGGCCAAGUGUGGGCGGUGCUAUGCGGUGCUGCUGACGAUGGAGAAGCGAGCGAGAACCUUUUGCGUCGGUCUUUAGACCCAUCGCUCGCUCCCCUUCCUACCGGAAAACUGGUACAGGCCUCGAUAGCAAUGUCCUUCUACUCCCUGCGCGCGCUCAGCAAGGUCGGAGGCACGGUCUACGACGACCUGUUCCACGCGUUUUGGGAGCCAUGGCACGCACAACUCGCGCUGGGCCUGACUACAUGGGAAGAGGAUAGCGUGUCGCAGCGGUCAGAUUGCCAUGCAUGGGGUGCGGCGCCGCUGUACGAAUUCAUGGCGGAGGUUGUUGGUCUUCGGCCGGUUGAGCCCGGUUGGAGCGCCAUCGAGUUCCAGCCUCGGGUUGCCCUGUACCGUGAGCUGAAGGCAACGGUGCCGUUUCGAACGGGGUGUGAUGGUGAAUAUCAGCUGUGCCUCGCGGACAUAUCUUGGACGAGGAAAGACCCUGGAGACACGGUCGUCUCCCUGCGUAUGCGUGGACUACAGCGGAAGAGUCCAGUUCGUCUGUAUAUAGGAUCCUUGCCGGAAAGAAAGGUCGAAGGCGACAAAGAGAUCACUCUGACUAUCUCCCGUGAGGGCAUUUGGAGUGUCUUUUGA